GAGGCAGCCUCACUUCCUUUUCACGACGCAAAACUGAAGAUAGUGGGAAAGAAUUGGCCUACUGGACGUCUUGAGCUGUUCUUACACAAUAAGCGAAGCUCACGAUGACCUCAACUCCAUCAGUAAAGCUCGGUUUGUGGACUAACUAUGAGGUCAGCCCUCGACUGUACAACCUUUCAAAUGUGAUAACGACCACCGAUACCUGGGGUACAAAUUGGAAGAUCUUCUUGGGGGUGGUGUUCGGAUUGAGCUGGUCAUGUGCGAAAGCCAUAAUAAAACGCAUCUGGCUCUGGGUUCACUAUUGGGUGGCACACAUGAGAGAACUUGAGAGCGCUGGGCCUGAGACUGAGUCACUACUUCCCUCUCACACUUCUGAUCCCCUCCCUGCAGGACUGCCAGCGGAUUCGGAUGAAUCCGAACCGCGAGCGUUGGUUAGAUAUGAUCCAGAUAACGAGACCUUUGAGUAUGAGGGAAGUCACUCGGAAAGGAGUUCUGAGCACAACAACGACCAUGGUAUAAGCACAUUGGAGAAUGAAGCCUCGGAACCCAAAGCUAUAUCUUGGUGGCCGCAACUGGAGUGGCCUGACAUAAUCUUGGGCUUGCUUGGAGUAGCUUUUGCUGUCGCCGGUGGUGCCAUCGGCGAGUUGCAGGCUAGUCCUUCAGCACUAUCUGAUACACAGCCAUGUGGCUUUUGGGAUCUCAAGAACAAUGCAGAUCAAAGGAUUAAGGACAACGAUGAUCUCCUCCAAGCCAAGAAAGAGGAGAGGUCAGCGCAGUACGGAAGGAGUUGUUACGGUGAACAGCCUAUUGCCAACCCGGAUCAGUGUGACUUCUUCGAGAGCGCGCAAAUCGAUUACGAGGUGGAGAAAAUUGAUUGCCCAUUCAGUUGUCCCAAUCCAGACCGUUGUAUAUGUGCCAACGGCAUAUAUGGGAGCGCAGUUCGACUCUCAACCGGACUAUUCUCUGCUAAGUUACUUGGCCUGAAUGGAGCAGCAUUACCACAAAUCAAGCGAACAUCGAUCUAUGUGCCACUGGAUAUCGACUACGGGUUUGUGGUUGACCGGUCCGGAUAUGAUUUCGAGUUUGAGUAUCACCUUGGUCCCGUCAAUGCUUCAGGAGAAUUCAGGAACCACACGUUCACCAUGUUCGGAACUCCUUUCAAUUGGGAUGUGCCAGCGUAUUCUGUAAGCGCCUAUGAGUCUACACCAUCUGGCGGGGACUAUGAUGCAUGGCAACCAACAUCGGACCUUGCACGUCCCAGCCACACGUACAUGACGGCGAUGUUUAUAUCGCCUUGUCGAAUUAUUUAUAGCGGACGAUGCGAAGACCCCAUAUUUCUCGCUACCGACGAAUUGCAAGAAGAUGGUUGGCCGCCGCAUCGAUUUUAUAAUCAAGAUCCCCGAGCUCGGGUUCUGAUUGCAAUUGAUCAAAUGGAGGUUUGUCCACACGGCGAAAGCGAUUGUCACUUCCCAGACGAGGAAUAUCCCGAGUUUGGGGUUGAGUACGAGAUCACCAGGACUGCGUUAAGAAGGUCUUCUUCAUUCCGAUCAAUCGAAUAUAGGCUAGGAAGUGCGCUUGUUGCCACUGAAAGCAUUAGUGACUUUGAAUCUCGUCAGCUAGACAAAGAGCAGUGGAUCAUUGAGAGUAAAGCGUUGUUCAAUACCUCACUUGCUCGUCUGCAGUUCAAUGCUUUGGACAUUGCCAUGGGUGAUCGACCUGUUGGGAAUGCGGCAGCAGGCUACGCGGACGCCUAUGAGGAUACGACGCCAAGCUGGGCACGAGGUCGCAUGUGUGGAAAAUAUAAGUUCCACCUUUCAAGGGGUUACACAAAUAUCCAUGUGGCUCAUAUUUUCAUCCUCCUGGUACCCGUCUCUUUGUACAUCCUCAGUCGCGAAACUAAGCGAGAUUUGGGCGAUUCUCCGAGACCUUUCCUUGAUGAAGACUGGUUGCUCGUCGAUGCAAUCAUAUGGUACAUAAUUGGCAGAGUCCAUUGGUGUUCCGAUAAGCUCGGGUCGUUGAGGCAAAGACUACAGACUAGGCAGUAAGACUUGCUGCAUAUAAUAUUGAUACCAUUUCAAAUGCGCGGUGUCGACUCUGCCAGAUCACAAAUAACCCAAAUUCUUUAUUCAAUAGGGUUCGGCAUAAAAUCCAAUUGUCUCCAGUCGUUUUGGUCGUGGUACCCAGUGCUCGUCAUGAUCCGCGAAGUGAUUGUUCUGAAUCGUAGCGUCUUUGUUGUACUCAUAUAAAACACCUUCUGC